UAUUCGCUGUCGCGCAUCGUCUAUGAGUAAUUUGGUGAAAAAUGGACUUUUUUGUUUAGAAACUUUUAACCCUUAAUGGUUAAAGAGCCACAUAAUGAAAAAACUAUUUGGUUCCAACCAACAGAACCCUUUUAUAGGGAAAACAUUUCAGAUAGGUCGAUAUUCUGUUGUUGUAGAUGAUGUUAUAGCAGAAGGUGGUUUUGCAAUUGUUUUCUUGGUCAAACUUCCAAACCGAAGUCGACUUGCCCUUAAACGGAUGUAUGUAAACAAUGACCGUGAUUUGGCAGUUUGUCAGAAAGAGAUUAAAAUAAUGAAAGAUCUGAGUGGCCACAAAAACACUAUUCGAUACAUAGAGUCCAGUAUCAAUGUAACUCAGAAUAGAGUUUAUGAAGUCUUAAUACUCAUGCAGUUCUGCAGGGGGUCAGUUAUUCAAGAAAUGAAUGAUAGAAUAGACUCUGGUUUCUCAGAAAAAGAAAUACUUAAAAUAUUUUGUGAUGUGUGUGAAGCAGUGUCAAGGCUUCAUCACUGUCAAACACCAAUCAUUCAUAGAGAUUUAAAAGUUGAAAACAUACUUCUUGGAGAAGCAGGAAACUAUGUCUUGUGUGAUUUUGGAAGUGCAACAGGGCGUGUGAUGGAUCCUUCACAACAGAAAAUUACAGCAAUAGAAGAAGAAAUUCAAAAAUAUACAACAUUAUCAUAUAGAGCUCCAGAAAUGAUAGAUCUUUAUGGUGGAACACCAAUCACAACUAAAGCUGACAUUUGGGCUUUGGGUUGUCUCCUGUACAAACUGUGUUUUUUUACUCUUCCAUUUGGUGAAAGCUCACUAGCAAUACAAAGUGUGAACUACACAAUUCCUGAUUCAUGUAGAUUUUCAAAUGGGCUGAUGUCAUUAAUAGCUUUUAUGCUACAAAAAGAUCCAGCAAAAAGACCAGAUAUUUUUCAAGUUUCAUCUGUUGCUUUCCAUUUAGCUGGUAGAGCUAAUCCCGUUCCAAAUAUGAAUUCCUCACCAGUGCCUGAUAUUAAAAGCUUACCACUCCCAUUGACAGAAUCUGAAGCAAAGCAGAUGAAAUCAACAGGGCAGAAGAACCCUGCAGCUGUGAUAGUAGAAAGUACAACAGUAGCACCUAGACAGAGGCCAAAAGGUCAGGCAGCACCUACAUCUGCAACCCUGGGACUUCCUAUACAGACAACUAUUGCACCUAGGCGGCGCCCCACUGCUAGCAAUCCUAAUACUCCAGUUGUUGAUGUAGGCCCACCACCAACAACGUCACCACCAUAUGCUGCUCCCGCUGCUGUUCCUGCAUCGCCCAUGUAUAGCAUGGUGCCUCAGCAAGUUUCCACUGUUGCAAACUUUCCCCAUGGAAGCAUGAACACAUCCAAUCAGUCUUUCUAUGCCCAUCAGUCCUUUUCACAGCCGAUGGGUAUGUACCAGAUGUAUCCAAAUCCAUUGGCACAGCCACUAUUUAACCAGCAAGCUCCACUAACACAAAGUACCAGUUACAACCACGCCCUGAAUGAAAGGGGAGGAUCUGGGGAAAGACUAGUCACUAGUGUUUCAAGCAAUGAGGUGAAGACAGCUCAGUUAAUAAGCAUUGAUGAUGAUAUAAUAGAGGAUACAUCAAAAUCUGACCCAAACCUUGCAACCCAGAGUGACACAACUUUUAAACGUCCAUUUGUUCCUCAAAAUAGAAUUCCAAGCUUAGACCCUGGCUCAUCGCCUUCACUUUUACUUAAUCCUCCUGUGGAUAACAGGGUAAAUCGUCACAGGCGCAACGUCAGUGAUACUUCCUUUCUCACUAUGGGUGGUAAAGGCAGUGCUUUCAGAGCAUACCAUGGAAAUCAACUGUCUACAACCAAUGAGGCCAAAUCAAAGUCUGCCACCAACACACCCAUCAAUUCCCCACCUCCACUAGGUUCUCAAAAGUUUACAAGGCCUCUCUCAGCUGAUCUAGUUGAAUGGAAUCCAUUUGAGGACAAUUUUAAUGCUGAAACAGAUGAUAUGAUGUUUGGUGAGGAGUUUGAUAAAAUUAGGCGAGGUUCUAACACAAGCAUUUCCAAUGUAAAAAGUCGCGAAGAUCUUGUGAUGUCCGGCUCUGACUCGUCAGACCCGUUUUGUAAUGCUCCAUUCAAAAAAGCUGUUGCACGUAAAAAAAUAUCAUUGGAUGGAUCCUCAAGUGACAGUGGCUCAGAUAAUAGAGUUAAUACCAAGACAACUGAAAAAGUCAAACUCCAAUCUGCAGCUCUUUCUGACACUCUGGCUGCUGCUGAGCAAGGCUCAGAAACUCGUUCAAGGGAUUUCCUAGGCACUGGUCAGCUGCGGGCAGCGUUGGGCAGAACUAAGUAUUCCCAGCUGAUUGAUUCAGAUGAAACAGAUGAUGUUUAUGAUGGUAGAAACAAAGAGAAUGUGCCAAUUUUUGGACAAGAGGGAACAAAGGCUGCUGUGUAUGAUGAUGGUCAUCAGCUUAAUCUAGUAAGUGCAGCUAUAAGUAAACUUGAGCCAAGAGGUCGCAAAGAGUCUAGCUCUUCUUAUGCUGAGGAGGAUCACCCGUCACUGAAAACCCAGCAGGCCAACAACUUUGACUAUCAAGAGCUGGAUGAUGAGUUUGGUUCAAGGCCAGUGGAUCUGGCUGUGUCUGUUGCAAUCAAGUCAGGAAGCAAUGAAGCUGACAGUGUCAAUGUUAAGUAUGUUACUGGGGCAGACAGAAUAGUUGGCCAUGAAUAUGGUGUAAAGCCAUUGUUGGAUGAUGAUGAACUUCAGGAUGCUUAUGUAGGUCAGGCCCAAGGAUGGCCACAGGCACACAAUGUUCCUAACCCAGUGCAAUAUUACUUCCCAAACCAGCAAGGAUUAUCCAAUGCCGGUCACACAGCAAUGGAACAGAAUGGUGCCAGACAGCUCACUGAAAAAUCUUUUGGCUAUCUGAAGGAUCAAAUCACUUUAGCUUGUGAGCCAGCAGAGGCUGAUGUUGAUCAUUCUGCAAUGACCACAUCGUCAUCAGUCAUAUCACCAGAACUUGAAAGUGGUUUUGAUGUUUUCUCAGCAGCACCGUUUAAGCCUAAAUCAUCUAAAACAUCAACCCCAGCAUCUGUUCAAGCUUCAGGGACAUCUUCUAUCAACUCAACAUCAACUGAUGUAUUUGAUAGUGCCCCUUUCAAGUAUAAGCCUGUCAAAAGCAAUACAUCAUCUACAGUGACUAGUCCUGGAAGUUCCACCUCAAUAACAGCUACCUCUGGUGAUUUUCUGGUAUCUAAAAAAACAGAUCAAGCUGACAUUUUCGGUAGUACACCAUUUCACACCUCUCAUAGUAAUAUCUCUUCCGGGCCAUCUUCCAGCACUGUGUCACUCUCAAUGGAGGACAUCAUGUACAUCAAGACUCCAGAUGAAGCACAGCCAGGUAGUCUUCAACAGUUAAGUGGUUGUUCUAACAGUGUCAGCAGUGACUACUUGUCCAGUCAACAGAUAGGCAGAAACUAUGAAUACCCAAAACAAAAUGACACCUUAACUAUGUCUGGUCAUGCCGAGCUGGAAAGUAUAAUCAGCAAUAUUCCUGAAGAUCCUUUUGGAGCUGUGCCUCUAAACAAAGCAAUGAAGCGUUCCAUGAAGAAAGGAAGCAUUAACCCACUUCCCAUGCCAUCUUCUGCUGCCAGUACCAUUCCUGCAAAAGUGGUUUUGAAUCCUGUUGGCAUGACAGGUCCAAAUACUGAUUACAUGGGCACCAGAAAAAAUGAUAUAGUUAUUAACAACCAGGGUCAGCAUUACAUUGGUGGAGUGUCACAGGAGAGUCAGCAUCCCAAUAACAUGUCAUACAAUGCGCAAUACAGACAUAUUUCCAUGUCCCACACAAACCCAACAUGGAAUACACAAACACAGCAUUUUUUACCAAUGGCACAAUCACAUAAUAAUAACCAGCCCAACAUCCAGAAGUCUGUCUUGGAAAGCGUAUCACAGAGUAAGCCCAAUUCCCAACAGACUCAGAAAAUUAGCCAUCCUAUUGUCCCACAGGCAAGUCAUCAGGACAUGAGACACUCCCAUGCUUUUCAACACCACAUGUUUAAUCAAACUGUUGUUAGGCCUGCCCCUCCUACAACUAGGCCCAAUAUUCAACGUCCUGGAGAUCUUCCUGUUGCAUCUUCCGUGCAACUGGUAGGCACAUCAACGUGGACUUCAGCUCACCAAGAUGAAGCAGAGUGGGAAGCACCAGACGAGUUUGAUGAUGAAGGAAGAUACCAAAGGCUGAAGGUAAAAGGUCCAAACAGUAAGAGAUCAAGCAGGGAGGUCAGCUCAUCAGGUUUUGCCAAUAUGAGCUUUAAUGAUGAGGAUGAAUUUAACCAAGACUCACUGCCCAGAGACUCACCAUCCAUGGGUACAGCAGUCUCAAUUCAGAAUAUGUACAGAACUGAAACUUCUCCUACUGGGGGAGAAAUAGUUGGCAGGGCCACCAUCGUUGUACCAGCUACAGCCUUCGAUACUGGAACUUGGCCUCGUAAGCAUAAAAGGCACCAGGUCAAAGCCGAACCCUUCUCAGUUACGAAAAAAUAAAAGUCUAUCCUUAUUUUUCCUUCUAAAACUGGUUGUAACAAUAAAACUGUUUGAUUUAUCAAUGAAACUUAGGAAAGGGUGUAUUGUUAUUAAGAUAAGUUUGUUUUUGUGUGUAUAUUGUGUGCUAAAAAUUUAUUAUAAAUGGAUUAGCCUCUGACAUAGAGAUAUAAAAGUGAGUUUGUUAAUAAUUGCCAUUAUUUUGCAAUCAAUAGUCUUUAGAAAAUCAUCUUUAAAUGUUAGAUAAUUAGGGUUGUAGUAAUUGGAGCAAUUUGUGUCUUAUUCAGUAUAACUAUUGUUGUUUGAUGUAAAUUAUUGGGAAAUUCAAUUUCCCACAUUAUUUGCAGUGUUUUUGUUUUCUAGUUAAUGGACACCGUGAUAUGUUUUGAAUAUUAUGUGAUUAAGAAGUUUUGGACAGCAAUGAGGUGUCCUGUCAUCUUCUUCAAUUUGAUUGUUUAUUAUUAUAAUUUUUAUUAUUGUUCCCUUCUUUAAGAAAAAAAAAGAUAUUUUGCCAUAAUUUUAAGCUCUAUUUACACACAACUCACAAUCAUUUGUGUCAUUAAUGAGAAAGUGCUGCCACAAUAGUUUCGUGUGGAGGCCCAUGGAAACAGGUUUUAUAUUGAUUUGUUUCACUUAUUUAUUCCAAAAAAAAAUUACUGGUCACAAUAAUUUUGUUAUCCAAACUAAGUACUUGUUUUUUUUAAUCCCUCUUCCAAUUAAUUCUAUCCAGCUUAGACAAUUUUUACUUGAUCUUUGGGUGCCUCUUACAUUUUAAAGCAAGAAUUGUGCAAUAGAAUUGAAUGGUUUUUAAACUUUGUUCUCUUUAUAAUUGUCAUCCAGGUUGAUGAAGAAUUUCUGUUAAACCUAAAUAGUUAAUGGUAUAGGCUAGAGUAAACUGUAGCACAGGGGAAAAUAGCAAAGUUAAAAAAUAAUUAAAAUAUUAGGUCUAAAGAAGAUUUGUAUUGUUAUUUUAGUAAAGCAAUUUACCUUAUUGUUUGGACUUUUUAAUUUAUUUUUAAAUGCUGUAUUGUUGCAUUAAAGUAUAAUGUAGAUCAUUUUUUUUGUAUGCAGAAUAAGCACAUCUAUAGUUGCUUACUAACCCUAUAUAGACAUUAGGAACAAGAAAGAUUUCAUGAAUCUGUAAGCAAUGACCAUACUUAAAGGUUGUGACUUUGUAUUUAUUGCUAACUUAAAUUUUACUUUUUUUGUUUGUCAUCUUUCCUUUCACGUCCCAAAUAGAAGGUAUAGCCCUAGAAAUUUACUUCAUUCAGUAGAAUAUAUAUAUAUUUUGUAACUUAAGGAAAUAUUUUAGGUAACCAAAAUGCUUUUGUUUUUGUUACAGUUACAUGAAAUUUGUAUGAAUCAAUGUGUCAUGCGUUAGGUUCCAAUGUUAGCUACUUUGUAUGUUAACAAGCAACCCACUGCAUACAUAUAAUCUAGAAGUUUUUGUUACAUUACAUCAGCUGCAAAUGUUCAUUCCAAUUUACAUUUUUUUUUUUUUAGAGUAUCUAUAAAAAGCUUUACAUUAUUAACAUCUUAAUUCUCUCAUACUUCUUGUAGAAACUGAACUUUUGUUGUUGUUGUUUUUUUUUUUAUGGAACUACUGAUUGGUUAAUAGCAUAUAUCUGUCUUUCAUUAUCCUUUACCUUGUUUUGGUCCAAGUUUUAAUUGAAAUUGAUAUAUGAUACAAAAAUCUAGGGUUAAAGUUAAAUAUAAUUUUUUUUUUGUUUAAGUAUAUUGGGUGUAUUCAUGAUUUACUUGUUGAUUCAUUCUAGUUGAUUUGUAUUUUUUUUAUCAAUUUGUUUAAAUAUGAUUUGCUCUAGUCUGAUAAGAAAUUUAAGUUUUAAUGGUUUGGUGUGGAUGUUUUUACUAGAGGCAUAAUCCACAACUUUUUCACACAUACACAUUAACCAUUGUUCACCCUUAUUAGCUGAAAGUUGUCUCUUGAGUUUGUCUUUGUUGGAUCAAUGGAUUACUAUGAUAUUUACAGAAUCAAAAGCAAGGAUUUCUUUCAUUGUUUAUGAAAUCAAAGUAAAAUAUGAACCUACUUAGCAUGGAACAAUUCUAAAAAGUGGGACAGUUUAGAGAAGAAGGUUUUAUCACUAGGUGGAAGAAAAGGCACUGGCAAAUGUAUAAAAUGUACAUGCACCCAGGACAUUCAAUGCAAACUGUCAUAUCUGCUUGAUUGAUUGAAAAAAAAAAAAAGCAGUGUUAGUGAGACUGAUGAAACCUUUGUGAAUUGGUUGGAUUAGGUGCAAAAACUCCAUGUACAGAUUUCACACCCAAAUGAUCUUAUUUCUCAUGCUGCAUAUUCAUAUUGGUAAGCAGUCAGUGAACAAACAAACAUUUUUUCUUAGCAAUAUUUUGAUAUUUCUGCAGUUUUGGUAUGCCUUGAAUAGGUCCAUUCAAAAAUUUUCCCAUGACAUCUUAACCUUGAAAAUUUCAGUGAUCUAAAGAUAUUGUUAAAAUUUUAGUCAGUUCUAUCAAAAUACAAAAUAAGGUAAGGCUGCCAUAACUGUAAAGGAUUAUUUUAUAUUUUUCUUUAAAAAAUCUAUAAUAUAUUCAGGGAUGUGUGUGGAGAAGUAUAAAAAUAAAAGGAUAUUAUGGACUACAGAGAGAAGGGAAGAUGCUUUAAUCAUUUGUCUGUUGAGUACUGAGGACAAGACCAUGCAGUCUAAUUCUAUGUGUUUUAAUCUAGUAUUUAUAUUGAUGAAAUAAAAAUUACAAUUCAAUGCUAUACAAUCUUGAUUUAUUCAUUUGCAUUCAGACCAGUUGCCAAAACUAAUUAAUGAGCUGUCAAUUCAAAGCUUUACUUUUAUUCACCUAAAGUGUCAUUUCUUUUUAAAAUCCUAUGAAUGAAAAAUUCCAUAAGAAUACAAAUGAAUGGUGAUAGUGCCUACAUUCAUUGGUGCUACAGAUGUAUUUCAUAGUGACACUUGAGGUAGAGAUUUUUUGUUGGAGACAAUAGAAUGUUAUAUGAUUCAAUAUUUUUUCUGGUGCUAAAAACAAUGAGUGCAGAUGUCUGUUUCUCAAAGCCUGGUUUGUUACAUAAUUUAUAAAAUUUCAGAACAGAUUACUUUCCUUGACCACUUUUUUUUUUGUUAAUCCUUAAAAGCUGAAGAAAUAUUCUUGUAGAACCUGGAAGCUUUUAGAAUUUGUGUUUACAUGAGAUAAAAUGUGACUCUUAUACUACCCAUCUGGUGGCACCUGUUUAUACUGUUCAAUGAUUUUAAACAAAUCCAGUUAUAUUAUUUUCAGCUGUUAAUGGUAGAUUUACCAUUUUUUGCUUUUGUUCACUUUUUAUAUCUGUGAUGAUAGUAAAUAUUUCUUGAAAGGUUAUUUGUAUUUCACCAAUUUUUUUGUGCGUGUAUAUAAAUGAAGAUAUUUAAAGACUUGUAGAUCAUGCUAUGUUUUACAUUAUUAUAUGCUCUCUGCCCUGAUACAUUCUGGGUAAAGGUAUACAAUUACAAAUGCAUCAGCAUCUCUCUGUGUGUACUGUUGUCCAAUUUUUUAAGUUAUCCAUUCCAUUUUGAUGUAACCUGUUUGCUUUGAUAUUUUCACUCACAGACUAGAUGGACUUGCAGAAAACUGCUGGAGUGGCAUAUUUAGAGUAAUUAUGUUAUAAUACUGUCAUAACUUAGGUGAGAUGGAUUGUGUGACUGUUAUUUUAAUUCAAUAAUUAAAUUAGAUAUGUUUCAUCACA